UUGGACAUGCAGGUGGGCAUGGAUAGGAACAGCUGAGUGGGAGUGUCAGUGGCACUGGAGUAUGAAACGCCAAGUGUGUAUGUGCACAAGCUCUAAGUGAGAAGGGCACUAGUGUGUGUGCACCAAAGCUGUCUGAGCAAAUGUCCACGAAACCACAGGAGGUGGAGCCGAGGGAUGCUACAUGUGAGUGUGUGCCAAGGGUGUCUCUAGGAACUUGGUGGGAGGGGCCCCAGUGUGUGUACGUGCAUGUGGGCUUGGCCAGUGUGACAAUGGAUGUUCCUCGUGGUGGCUGUGAACAGCCUUACUCUGUAUCAACCCUCCUUCCGCCCUCUUCUGGGCGAUGCCUGUUGCUUGUGUGUGGCAGCAGCUGCUGGAGCCCUUUGCAGAGACCUGGGACCUCGCCACGCACAUACACGGGGACCCAAUGAUGGCUCUUGUGGACUAUCACAAUGGCAUCAUCGCCAGCACGGUGACUCCCCUGCCUGAAGACUUUUUCUGGCCAGAGGAGCCCGUUUGGCCUCCACAAGGGGCAGGAAUGAACAUUCUCCAAAGGGCAGCCUCCAAAACUGUCUGCUGAGCAUCAGGGUACAAACAACCCAUCUCCCCCACCUGAGGGCGGGCGUCACUUCAAGGUGCAUUCUACUCUGUCUCUCAGAGUCACCAGUGGGACUGCGCUCAGUGGCCUGCAGUGGUGACCUGUUUGGCGGCCCCCUCACUGGCUUCCUUGCCUUCCUUGUUUCCUGCCUCACUCCAUCUGGUAUUCCUGGGAUCACCUCCCUAACCAAACUCGCACCCACAUCCUCAUCCCAGGGUCUGGCCCUGGGGCCCCUGUCUCCACCAUCCUGUGAUGCAGCUUCACCUUCCAUCUCCUUGGGCCUCUGAUGAGCCCAGGUACCUGGGGUGUUCUCCUUGGCCCCUGGCACAGACAGGAGGCAUCUCCUUAGGAAUGUGCAAAGGACCUCGAAUGUGGUGCCAUAUGUGACACACCACAGCAUAGGGCAUGUCAUGGAUGGAGGAGCAGGAAAAGCCAAGAGCGUGACAGUCCCAAAGGCCUGUGGGAUCCUAAGUCUUUGCGGUAGGAGCUGGGUGUCAGUGUGGGGUGGUUUAGGUUGGGGGUCAGCACAUGGCUGGACACCAUCACUGUGGAAGUUUCUGCAUUCAUUCCCAGGAGGUGGAGCCCCAGAGCACUGCGGUGGCACCAGAGCCAUGCUAGUGGUGUUCAGAACAGAGGGGUGAUUAUUUUGCAUACAGAGAAGGGGACAUAAAUGUCAGGCUCUGUCCAGAGAGAGAUCCUGGCGGGGCGGGGGUGAACCCCAAAAAUGGAAUACUUGAAUGGGUUAAACCUCAUAGAACAUCUCAAGGGUGGAAGAAAAGCCCAGGAUUAAAAUAACGG